CUUGAGCUGGCUACGGUCCGGGUGCUGCCUGCUCGCGCGGCGCUGCGCUAGCUGGGCUACUGGCUACGGUCUGGGUGCUGCCUCGGGGCUCGCGACGGGCAGCCUCGUUGGCCACUCCCGCGCAGGCAGACGACGAGUAGCGGAGCGCUGCCUCGACGCCGCGACGGGCAGCUUCGAAGGCCUCUCCCGGCGUGAGACAGACGACGAGUAGCCGGCGGAGGCGAAAGUAUCCUAGCUUCCUAGUUAUAGCCGGUUUGAAACGGAAGUGCGGUCCUUCGUGGGGCUCCCGUGCUGAUGCGUCGGCGCAAGCUUCGCGGGACGGGCAAGCCACCAGGGCUGCGUGGCGGCGGUGUCCCCCAGCAUGGGGCAGCUCGGGUGGUUUACCCUGCCCGGAAGCUUCUGCUCCUUGUGCUCAGCCAUACGAGGACUCUUCCGGGGCCGCCGUUGCCCCCGCGGGACUAGAGGGCCGCGCACGCAGCGCAGGCUGCCAAUAUUAGAGCACAAGAUAGUAAUGCAGCGCGGCCAGGACUUCUGAGAUCCGGCUUGCUACCGCAGCACCAUCUGUCACAGCUGCCCUGCAGCCAGAGCUAUUUCGACCAGUGCUGCUGCUUUUCCAGCAAGUAGGAGGCUGCCCCAGUGGAAUGGCCAAAUCCACGAAGGAAGCCACCGCCGAGGGCGCCAAGGUGACCACCGUCGCGACGGGCGAGCACGCGACGGCCGAUGCGCCGGUCGAGCCGGAGACGGGCUUCCCGCUCUACGCCAUGCGGAUGCGCGACUUCCUCGAGCUCACGAGGCUCGAGCCGCACAACACCCUGGCCGCCAAGGGUCUCGUCGUGCCCGUCGACUUUUCGGGCGAGCACCGCGGCGAACGCCUCAACUUCGUGUCGCACCAGUGGCUCGCUUAUGCCGAGGCGGACCCCGAGGGCGCGCACCUGAAGACGAUGCAGGCGAUCUUCCGCAUGGCCAUCGCCGGCGAGAGUAUCUUCCGCUCCGAGGAGGACUGGAACGCCUACAGUAAGGGGUACACCGCAGAGAAUGCAGGAAGUGCCUCCACCAAGCACGCGUCGGCGACGCAGGGGUCGUUCGGCGACGAGGAGUCGGUGCUGCGAAGCGAGGCGCACUUCCUCGCGUCGAUCGCCGACGGCUGGGUGUGGAUGGAUUAUAUAUCGAUCCCUCAAACGAUCACGUGCACGACGACGGAGGAGACACUGCGCGUGCUCGCCGAGCAGAAGGCGGCGAUCCACGCCAUUCCCUCGUACGUGCAGCAUGCUCAGAACUUCUGGAUCUGCGCGCCGGCGGGCGUGCGGCACGCCGACGCCGGCUUCGAGGCCGACUACGAGACGUGGCUCGCGCGCGGCUGGUGCCGGAUGGAGGAGGCCGUGCUCAACCUGGUGCGUUUGGGCGACGGGCGACCGCUCCUGGUCACGCAGCCCUUCGGCGAGCCGCCGCGGGUGCGCACGCUCGACAAGAUCGACCGCGCGUGGAACAUGACGCAGCGCAAGACCGCCGUGCUCACCGGCGCCUUCUCGUGCUGCCGCCUCGGGCACAAGGUCACCUCCGCGGACGGCUCGGUCACGCCGAUCGCGUGCGACAAGCUCGAGCUGCGCCGGGUGCUGCACGGACUCUUCGAGCGGCAGCUGAAAUACGUCUGGUCGCAGCUGGACGCGGAGGGCCAUCGCGAGGCUCCCUUCGAGGAGCGCGUCGGCGCGUCCAUGAAGGGCAGCAUCCAGGCCUUCUGGAACAUCUGGACGUUCGUCACGCUCAAGCCGCUCGUGCUGGCCGAGACGACGGAGGAGCCCGACUUCGUGGCCGAGGGCUGGUCGGCGCCGGCCGCGGAGAUCACCCGCGACGACUACGAGGCCUUCUGCGGCCGCGGCGACGGGCGGCAGGGCGGGUACGACUCGCACCCCGAGCGCGACAUGAACAUGAUGGGGUGGAACUGCGCGAUGAUGGGGCACCUGCCGAUGCUGAAGUACUGCGUGGAGACCCUCGGAGUGAGCCCGACGUUCAAGAACGCCUUCGGCAUGUCGCAACUGAUGAUGUGCGGCCGCUUCGGCCACGCCCGGUGCAUGCGCUACCUGUGCGAGCACCUGGUCGCGCAUGGCCAGCGCGACGAGAUCGACUACGUCAGCGGCGGCCUCGGGCUCUCCGCGAUGGGCGACGCGGCCAAGGGCGGCCAUGCCGACUGCAUCCGAUGUCUCAUCGAAUUCGGCGCCUUCGUCAACCCAAAGCGAAAGAACGGAAAACUCCCGCUGCACGAGGCCGCCGCCAACGGCCAUACAGAGUGCGUGCGGCUGCUCGUCGAGGCGGGCGCCGACGUCGAGGCGAGGGACAAUGAGGGCAAGACGCCGGCCGAGCACGCCGCGGAGAGCAUGCCCGUGCGCCACGCGGUGCUCGAGGUGCUCGGGCAGUCGUGA